UGAGAGAAAUAUUCACAAAUUUCUCCAACUUUGGCCUUACUUGGUGUCAAUUUCUUGCUAGAAGACAAUACAGAGCCGUAUAUACGAAUGGCAUAUGGAUUUUUCAACAAUAAAUUAGGGUUGAUGCUCAUAUUAUAGUCUGAAAUGUCAUAAUGUGUCAUUUCCUGAUUUUUUUUCUAGAGAUCUAAACUGGAUCUAAAUAAUUUUUGGAAAAGCUUAGCCUAGCGUAAGAGACCAAUAGCAUAAGGUUUUAUUUUUGGAGAAAUCUAAUUUGUGGCCCUAAAGACUACAUAUUGAUGUGUAUUACCACGGAAGUCACAUUGAUUAUUGCUACAGAAAUAAAUCGUAAAGCUCAGUCGAACUAUUGGGAACAAAUAAGGUGUGAAGGCAAAGAAUAGCAAAGCAAUGAGAGGAAAAAUCAAGAUGCAAAACUAUUUUAGGAUAUGCGUAAUGUUGCUGCUGUGUUUAGUUCCAAAUAUUUUGGGAAAAGCUGUACUUGUUCCAGGAAAAACAGACAGUGGAGAUGUAGAGAAGAAACAAAUUAAUGCUCAAUCACAUAUACUGCAAAAUCAAAAUUUAAAUGACGUUGAAGAAAACGAUAUGAACCAAGGUAAUGCUAAUAAAAAAAAUUCAGAUACACUUCGAGUGGAACCUAUGCAAGUGGAAGAGCCACUCAAAAAACUUGACAAGGAAGACCUUAACCCACCAGACCAUCUUGAUGCAGUUAGAAUGGAGCAAGAUGGACAUCUUAACAAAGAUUGGCGCAAAGAAGUCUUUCUCGGGGAACAUGAAGAUUUUGAUCAAAGCACCAGAGAAGAACAAGAUCAAAAGUUAAAGAUGGUGUUUUACAGAGUGGACACAGAUAAAGAUGCACACAUAAGCUACACUGAGAUGGAGACCUGGAUACAGUCUAAGGUCAAAGAACAUUUUGAUGAAGCUGCUGAAGAGAAUAAUAGAAUCUUUAAAGCAUUAGAUACAAACAAAGAUGGUUUUGUUUCAUGGACAGAGUACUGUAUCCAAUUUCUGGUUGCUCAUGGAUAUGACCAGAAAACUUCAGAGAAAUACAUGGAAGACUAUGAAAUAAUAGAAGUGAAUGAUGAAGUACGAGAUCAUAUGGUGAAGAAUAAGUUUCGCUGGUCCGAGGCAGAUGAAGACCCUAUGGACAACCAGCUGAACUUAAGCGAAUUUAAGGCAUACAGACACCCAGAGCAAAGCUUUAGAAUGCUCGACAACAUGGUCAGGGAUAUCCUAGAGAGUUUAGAUGCUAAUCAUGAUUCAAUAUUGACGGAGCAAGAGUUUAUCGCACUGCCCCCUGGUGAGGUUGAGUCUGAAUGGCGGGAAUCUGACAAACUCUGGCAGGAUGAGAGACGUAAAGAAUUUCAAAAUACGAUUGAUAUUGAUAAAAAUGGAAAAGUUACAAAAGAUGAGUUAAAGCAAUAUGUAGACCCACUGAAUAUCAACCAUUCCAAGACUGAAGCAAAGAACCUUGUGGAUAUUGCUGACACUGAUCAUGAUGAGAAACUCUCCAUUGAUGAAGUUAUGGAGAACAGAGAUAUAUUCUUAGGCAGCAAAAUGAUGGACACUGGAAAGAGUUUCCAUGAUGAAUUUUGAAAUAUCACUAAGUUUCAUGUUAUUCUCUAGCUUAAUUGAUUUGAGUUAUACAAAGCUAGAUAUUGCUGAAUAGGGGAGAAGAGAAACACAGGACAAAAUGCUGAAUGGGGAGGAAAGAAAGCAAUCCAAGAUUCAAAUGCCUGGAAGGCCU